AUGCGCAAGCAACACGGCCGGACGACAGCAGGCUACGAUCACUUGCUUUGCCUCAACCACCUGCCGCCCGACGGAUUCCACAUGGUCGCCAGGUUAGAGCACCCAGAGACGGGACGCGCGCUGGAGGUGCGCACCAACCAGCCGUGCGUGCACGUGUACACGGGGCGGCGCCUGCCGCCGUGGCGGCCGCCCAAACCCAGGCCACCCACCCCGCCCACUGAGGACGUCGAGGAGGAGGAGACCACAGAGACGGACCCCGCCAGCGCCGCCAAGACCAAGUCCCAGGUGAAGUCGUCGUCGUCAGCUCAGCCUGCGAAAGCGGAGGCUGAGAAGCAGGAGGCGCAAGAUGAGGAGGUGGUGGAGGAAGAGGAAGAAGACGAGAACGCCGUAAGGGGCAAGGACGGCGUCCGCUACGGCAGCUUCUGUGGCAUCUGGCUGGCGCCGCAGUGGUUCCCUAACGCUAUUCACAUGGAUCGCUUCCCGAAGUGCGUGGUGACGCCGGUGAAGACGUACGAGCACGUGACGGUGUACCGCUUCUUCGCGAAGCCCAAACCACCGCGCUAUAGCCUGGCUGAGGACGUGGUGAGGGCGUCCGUCGAGACCGCCAUCCAGGAAGUGGAGACUCGCGAGGCAGAGCCGCCGCCGGAACAAUAA